AAACACCCACAAUCCUCCUCGAAUGAUUACGUAACCUACCAGCGUCUGUCGGGGGGAAAAACAGUUGACAGGAGCGAGAAGUAGGCCGAACAGGAUAAACAAAGCAAAUAUAUUGAAAGGAGCUUAGACGACUUUAAUAUUUGUCAUUAUUUUAAUGCUUAAAAUGAGUAGCGUUUUUUUUAAGUUGUGUUGGAUCUGUUAAGGCGGAAAGUUUGUCGAAAAGAGAGGGCGUACACCUGUCGAACCGAAAUAGGUUAACGAAGCUAACCUGUGUUAGCACGUUAGCGUGCUAGCUGGCUGUUUGAACCCGAACAGGUGUGCCAGGUGGCCCGCCAGGCAGCCAUGUCCUCCCCUUCUUCGUCGUCCAGGCGCCAGUGGUGCUACUUGUGCGACCUGCCGAAGAUGCCAUGGACCGUGGUGUGGGACUUCAGCGAGGUGGUCUGCCGCGGUUGCGUUAACUACGAGGGGGCUAACCAGAUCGAGUUCCUGAUAGCAAGCGCCCGCCAGCUGAAGCGGAGUCACGGCAUGCAGGAUGGCAACGUGAGGUCGCCCGGCCCCUCUCCCAACAAACACGGCUCCUUAGCAAGAGCAGAGCCGGGGCCGGACGGCGGAAGGCAGCACGCGGAGCGCUUUGACCGGGGAGGGAGAGGGGAAGGCGGCGGGACGACGAUACGCGUGCCGCCCAACGGGCUGCACCGCGACGGGCAGCCGCCCCAAGAGGUGAACCGCCAGAGCCCCAGCAGCAGCCGGAGACCCAUGAUCGGAGCCGCCAUCCCGCCCAGCCUGGUGACUCAAAGCAUUGCGGGAAUGCCCGGGCUGCUUGCGGGCAUGCCAGCGGGUCUGACCGCCAGGACAGCGCCGAUGAGCAGCCCGAUGAUCUUCCCGGCGCCGGUGCUGGCUGAGAUGAGCCGCAGGCAGCUGGGGAUCGGGAUCUCCUCCUUCAUCACUCCGGAGCUGGAGCGGGAGCUCAUUUCCUCCCAGGCCAAGUCCCAGACUCAGACCCAGGCUGGCACCAGCGGCAGCAAGAGCACAAGCCUGUCUUCUUCGUCCUUUUCCAUGGCUGGAGGCGUGAGCCAGACGAGCCCGAAGCCCGCUUCAUCCCCGGCCAGGCAGCAACGCCCCCCGACGGCCCGGUCCGGUGCCGAGCCUCUGGGAUCCAGCAGCUCCGCGGAGGCAGCCACGACUGCUGCGGCGUUACCCAACAACGGUGCCUCCGAGCUGGGGUCGGCAUCUGUCAGCAACACCCAUCCGACCGGAAACACGCUGUCCUGCACGCUGUGCCAUGAGCGUCUGGAGGACACGCACUUUGUCCAGUGUCCAUCCGUGCCUGGGCACAGGUUCUGCUUCCCCUGCACCAGAGUGUACAUCCAGAGCCGGCGGGGCGACGGCGAGGUGUACUGCCCCAGCGGAGAGCGCUGCCCACUGGAUAACUCCCCCAACAGCCCACCCUGGGCCUUCAUGCAGGGAGAGGUCUCCACCAUCCUGGGCGCCGUUCAGGCUCCAGCGGGAUCCGCGUCGGCAGCGGCAUCCGGAGCCAGUUCGGGGUCAGGAGCUGCUCCGGCGUCUGGAUCAGGGAGCGGAGCAGCAGGCGGCGCAGGUGGAGGUGGAUCAGGAGGAGGAGGAGGAGGAGACGUCACUGUUAAGAAAGAGAGAGAGACGUGAUGGUGACGCGGACCGAACAGCAGCAGCAGAUUUGGAUUCAGUACAAUAAGAGAUGUCUACACUGGACUGCAGAGGGACCCAGAAAAGAAACACAACAACCAACAAACCCAGAAAUCCUCCACUACACAGGUUCUAACUCCUCUGACUCGCAGUUCAGUUUAAACAGCAUCGUAAAAGUUCAGAAGCUUCUGUUUUUCAUCAUAAUUUUCCUUUAAACAUCAGUUUUCUCACCUGAAAAGGACUCGAUACAUUAGUUGUCCUCAUUUAAAACGAAUGUAAAUUACAUUUCUACUCACCGAGUCGACUCUCCAGCACAGGUCAACAUCUAAACAUUGGUUAUAGUUGAGUUUUUGCUGCAUCCUCAGUGAUGCAAAGGUGCUAAACAUCACUUUAGAAAAGCACCACAACAUGUGAUUUAUGUCCAUGGCGUCAUGCAUAACGAUCCAAGUGCUUGGCUUUGUUUCUGCUUGAUAAACUCAAAUAAAAAAGGCUAACCUGCACUAGCUCAGUAUGCUAGGAUCACACCAACACAGCAGCUGACAUUCAGAUUUCUAGUUUUUCUGUGGCGACAAUAAAUUAAUUCAGUAACGUUUAGGAGCCGGAAGUCAGUUCUUUCUUCUCGACACGACUGCAUAUUGUUUAUUUUUCUGAAUUUUAUAACUUAAUGUCCCCUAGAAAGCAAAAGGACUCCACAGAACAAAACAAAGCUAACAAUUAUUGUGCAUUAUAGAGAAAUUAAUGAAUUUUUAUAGUAUUCUAGUAGAAAACAGGAAAGAAAAAUUAAUCAAGCGUAAAGUUUUAAUCUAUAAACUCCAAAUGAUUAAACUCCAAAUGAUAAAAACGUGAAAACAAAUUACUCCUACUGCGCUGAAGGUGGAAGAAACAACAGUUUCUGAAUUCAUUUUUAAUAUUUGUGUCAGAGACCAGAAACUGUCAGCUUUAUCUUUCCCUACGAUGCUAGCAUGUCGCUACUCAGCACAUGAAAUUUAAUAUUUUUCUUAAUUUCUUGAACAAAACGAAGUUAAACGCUAAUUAAAACACCAACAACUCACAUUUUCCCUCAACGGUAAUUAAACAGAAAAGCUUUUUCACCUAGACGCACCGAUAUAUCGUCUGAUAGAGGCUCAAAAUGUACUUUUCUGACCAGUUAGCGAUCCAGAAAUACCACCUGGUUGAACUGACAACACUCUUCAGUGUGGAAGUUAGCAUAUUAGGAAACCCAGAGAGCUGUUUCCCGCCUUCGAAACAUUUCAUCGAAUUGAAGGAGAAGCAGACUCUCCAGAGGCUGAACUCAUAAAUUAUCAAACAGGUUGAUUAUAUCAGAGCGAAGUUGCUCUGUUUUAUACUUUAAAACUGCCUUUUGCCUGAUUUUAAAAGGGUUGGGAGCCUUUUGGAAAUCUAACUAAGCGUUUUGUAGGGAACCCUACAUGCUAACCAUGCUAAUAGCUGAAGUAAAGAUAAUUUAAAAAGGCGGAAAUCAAAAGAGUAAAACACUGUUUUACAGUGACUGCUCUCUCCUGCACACUGUUGGAUGUUACCUUUGCUACGUUUUUUAACGCUGUCAACUAAAUCGACUGAAGUUGGUAUAAUACGGAGCCCCCUACAGGACAUGGGGGGAGUUUUCUUCUUUUACCAUAUCUCGCAAUAAACUGGCUGAGAAAUCUGAAACUGAUGCCAUAUUGGCAGGUAACCGGCCACGACAUUUUGUGCUUUUAUUUCCCUUGCGCCAGCUUUAUGUGACUCUUUGUGAAACAGAGAAAGGAGAACGUUGGCGCUCUGCUGAAAAAACCUGAGUGAAGUUGCCCCCCGCUGCCUUCUUCAAAUUUGACAAAAUUGGUGUCGAACAUUUGUGCUGCAAAAGUUUUCAUUUGUGCCGCUAUUAUUUAAAAGAUAAUGGUGGCACAGAGGUCAUCAUCAAUAUCUUCAUAUCAAAAGGAGCACAAACAAAAAAUUUUGCUGAGUUGUUUGAUACCAAAUUUGUUUGAUUUUGUAAAUGAAGUAAAUUAUGGCGGCACAAACCAUUUUUACUACACAAACACAGCACAAAUGUUUAACACAAAUUUUGAUAGAUUUGGGUAAUGUGGUUGACCUUUUGAUCUUUAAACUUUCAUUUAAAAAAGCAGCACAAAUAAAAAUGUUUGCUGCACAAACAUUAGACACUAAUGUUUUUAUCGUUUAGGAAGAUGGGGGGUCUGGUGGACCUUUAACAACCUCCGGAAACAUUUUUUAAUGUCCUUAAAAUGACAGCGGCACAAACAAAUAUUUUUGCUGCACAACAUAGCUGAGUUGAUUUGUAACAAAUUUGCUUGAUUUGUAAAAGUAAUAUAAUUAAAUUGCUUAGCAGCACAAAGAUGUUUACUCAACAAACAUUUGACAGAAAUUUUGUCAGAUUGAUAUUUUCUAAACAAAAGCAGCACAAAAAAUUUUUUUGCUGCCCAAAUGUAGUCGAGUUUAUUGACAGCAAUUUUUUAAAAAGAAGUUGUGGCAGCUGUUUGACCUUUCAUGACCUCUGGAAACAUUUAAUAUCUUUAAGAUGAUGGCGGCACAAACAAAACAUUUUUGCUGCACGAACGUUUUAAACCAAUUUUGUUACAUUUGAAGAUGCUCAGGUCUGAAAGAAAUCUAGAAACUGACGCCAUGUUGGCAGUUUUUAUUUCCCUUACGUCAGCUCUACGUGACUCUUCGUGAAACCGAAAGAGGAAAAACGUUGGCGCUAAAGNGAAAUUGUGAAACUGACGCCAUGUGAGCAGGGCCACGACAUUUCUCUCUGCUUUUUCUUUUUUUGUUUUCUGUUUUUCUUUACGCCAGCUUUACGUGACUCUUCGUGAAACCGAAAAAGGAGAACGUUGGUGCGGUAAACUCGACUUUAACGUUGCUUUAUGCUCUCAUCCAGCCCAGCCUACGCUUUACCCCGAAUGUAUAUUUCAAAAGAUAUCUAUUGAUAGGCCUAGGAUUAUAUUUUAUACUAGAAUGUUAAAUGUUAUAUACUGUAAAGAUCUGUUAUAGUAUGUAUGUGCAAUCCCUUAGUCUUAGUAUAUGCAACAGUUUGAAAUGUUAUGAAAUAUAAUUGCGUAUCUUUUUUUUUUUACUUUUUUUUUCUUUUAAGGGAGAAUCCACCUGAAAAAAUUGAUUCAUAAAGUUUUGUUUUCCCACAUAUGAUGAAUGUAUUUGUUCAUUUGCCAGAUUUUAUUUUAUGAAUUAGAAUGUUUGAAACUAAAGUGGGCGGGGCCAACGUUCGAACUGAGUUUGUGUUUUGGGUCGAUUCUCCCUUUAUGUGCACGAUGCACGCACAAACCAAAGGUCAUGUUCAGCCCAACCUGAUGUUUCUGGAUGUAAAUGUUUAAUAAAAAAUAACUGUUAGUUGUCUGUUGACCAGGAUUCCCCUGCGAUGGAGUGUUUGGGUCAUUUUAGAUGACAGAAAAACAAUAAAUCUCAGUAAA